AUGGGUCAUGCUAUGAGGACUGGGCAGAGUUCCAUGGAGCCUUUGAUGCAUGAAAAAGUUAUGAGGAAAGAACAAUGUCAACAAAAUCCAGAAGAAGAAGAGGACGAAGAAGACCAACUCACACUGUCCUUCUUGUUCAUGAACAAAGAUCGAAAACGCCCCUCUGCUUCUCCCUCUCUGGUAAAUCUUCUAGGCCGUGUCACACACCCCAGAAGGAAGCGAUCAAAGCGAACAAUAAAGAAAAGAUUUAAGAAAUCUGCAGCUUUCUCUUCACUGGAGAAAGCCAGUCAUGUUAGACAAGGUCUUCCAGUAAAUCAUGUUUUAGAGGGUGAAGGGUCCAGUUCUGAGAGUGGGUUGAAUUGGAUGUUCUCUGGAUUUGACAUGAAGAAUUUCAACAUUAGAGUAAACGGGGGCGUUUUAGAUUCAGAAAUCUCCUACUCAAACCGUGUGAAAUACUACAAUUUAUGUCAUGCCCGGAAAUCAUGUCUACAUAAUAGACUUAUUGGGAGCAUUAACUUACAGUUGGCUGCUGGAAUCAUUUUAGGAACAGUUAGCAUUGCAGAUGAAAUCCGAGCUUCCUGUCUUUCCACCUUUCAGACUAAACUCGAACUAUGGGACAAAAGAUUGCAAGGCUUUAAGUACUUGGGUAUGGAGGUUGGUUUUCUUCAAGAGCGAAUAAAGGAGCUUAAAAAUCAAUUUCAAAAGUCCAACAUAGCAACUAGUUAUUCUGAAAUUAUGAAUAAAGAAAACCGUCUGAAAGAAGAAAUAACAUCUCUUGAAACCAGAGUUUUAGAGCUGAAGGAAGCUAAACUCGCUCUCCAGAUUGAGAGAGAGCAUCUUUUGAACAGAGGCUAAGUCUCCAUGAUGAUCCUCAG